AUGGGUUCCUCGGCGACAGACCUCGAGCUGCCCCCGGCGGACUCGCCGUCCCUGGUCCUCGCCAAGGCCACCGAGGCGGAGCGCCUGCGGACCUGGUCCAAGACGCACCCGCUCUGGGGGCCCGCGCUGUCCCGGGAGGACUACCUCGCGCGCGAGGCCUACCUGACGACGGUGCCGCUGGCCAAGGACGGCGGCAUCACGCACUGGAUCCUGACCGACGCCCGGGCCCCGCCCGACGCCCGCCCCAUCUACUCGAGCUGCGAGUCCCUGCGCAAGCCGGCGCUGGCGGCCUACCGCGUGAAGAAGCAAGGUGAAGGCGGGGGCGAGGCCGUCAAGGUCGAGGACGGGCUGGCGCACGGCGUCGGGUCCGUGUUUACGGACGAGAAGUACCGCGGGAGGGGGUACGCGGGCCGCAUGAUGCAGGAGAUGGGCCGGGCGCUGCGGACGUGGCAGGCCGGGACCAGGGCCGGGGCGAGCGGGCCUCACGGUUGCGGCUGUGGCAGCGGCAACGGAGGCGUCGUUGCCGUGUCGGACGGGAAAGAGGAGGAGGAGGAGGAGGAGGAGGCGCCGGAGGGGACGAGGUGCCUGUUCUCGAUCCUGUACUCGGACAUUGGCAAGAAGUUUUACGCCUCGAGGGGCUGGGCGCCCUUCGCGAGCACGCACCUGUCCUUUCCGCCGGCGGCAGCAGCAGCAGCAACCGCAAAGGACAACGCCGCAGCGGAUUCGCAGGCUGCCGCCGCAACGAACGGAUCUUCCAGCAACGGCACGACCGAGCUCAGGGCCCGGCCCAUCGGCUACCACGAGCUGGCGGAGCUCUGCGCCGUCGACGAGAGGCAGCUGCGGGCCUCGCUCGCCCGCCGGGCCGCGCGCCGCGGGAGCGGGAAGACGACGCACGUGGCGCUCGUGCCGAACCUGGACCAGAUGCUCUGGCACCUGAUGCGCGAGGACUUUGUCACCAAGCACGUCUUUGGCCGGACGCCGGCGGUGCGCGGCGCCGUGUACGGCGCACCCGGCCGGCGGCUGUGGGCGGUCUGGACGCGCGGGUACUACGGCGGCCUGGAGCGGGUCGAGGGCAACACGCUGCACGUGCUGCGGUUCGCCGUGGAGGGGUGGCGCGAGGAGGGGGGAGACCCGGCGAUCGAUGAUGAUGAUGAUGAUGAUGAUGAUCACGAUCACGAGAGCUGCCGCGGCGAGGGAGGAGACUACGAGUACCUGGCGGCGGGGAUGCGGGCCAUCGUCCGGCUGGCGCAGGCCGAGGCGGCCGAGUGGCGGUCGGCGGACGUGCAGAUGUGGAACCCUCCGCCGGCGCUGCGGCGGGCGGUGGACCUGGCGGGGCUCGAGCACGAGGUCGUGGAGAGGGACAAGGACAGCAUCGCGAGCCUGAUGUGGUAUGGCAAGCAGGGGAGGACGGAGGAGCUGGACUGGGUGCUCAAUGAGAAGUAUGGGUGGUGCUGA